CUCCCUCUCUCUCUCUCUAAAACUAAGCGAAGAUGAUGCACAUGACCUUCUACUGGGGGCGCACCGUCACCAUCCUAUUCGACUCAUGGCGGACCAAUUCUUGGCUCAGUUACGGUUUGACCCUUUUCGCCUGCUUUGUCGUCUCCGCUUUUUACCAGUACUUGGAGGAUACACGGGUGCGCGUCACCCAGAUCGGGGCCAAGAAACGCGCUGAUGUUGAGGUGCCGCUGCUCCAGAAGAAGGUCGCCGGAAAGUUAUCAGCGGGGAGGAUUGCCGGGACGGUGCUGUUUGGGGUGAACUCCGGGUUGGGGUAUCUUUUGAUGCUGGCGGUCAUGUCGUUUAAUGGAGGUGUGUUCUUGGCCAUCGUGGUGGGGCUUACGGUUGGAUACUUGGUUUUUAGGAGUGGCAGUGAGGAUGUUGCUGUAGAUGUUGAUAAUCCUUGUGCUUGUGCUUAGUUAAUAAAGAUCGAUUCGAUUUGUAUCUUUUGUAUUAGUGGGUUUGUAUUUGUGAAUUCUGUGUUUUCUUUGA